UUCAAGAGAGCUUCAAAAAUAGUAGGUGAUUCUUUUCUUAGUAAAGUUACUUGUACUCAAAACAAUAGUUGAGAAACUGAAGUCAUCAUUUUGAGGCACUUUUAGUUAUAGAGUUGUCUCUGUAUCAAAAACUAUCUUGCAAUUUGCAUCAGAACAAGUUUAUUUACUCCAACUUCGGUACAUGGCUGAUCAGAAAGGCAAAGAUCAAUCGUCUAAUUCUCAGCCUUCGCUUGCACUUCGCCCUUGGAAAUAUGAUGUCUUCUUGAGUUGUAGAGGUGGUGAUACUUCAAAAUACUUUGCAGAUCAACUAUACUUAACACUCUGCCAAGUUGGGGUCAAUACAUUCAGAACUGAUGAUGAGGGGGGACAUGUUUCCUCUGAAGUAGUCAUGAAUGCAAUUGAAGGAUCAAUCAUUUUUAUUAUUGUUCUUUCCAAAAACUAUGCCUCAUCUAGAAGGUGUCUUAAUGAGCUUCUACAUAUCCUUGAGCUCAAAAAGAAUUCCAAACGGUUAGUUCUUCCUAUAUUCUAUGAUAUUGACCCUUCUGAUGUGCGCAAACAAACAGGAAUUUUCGCUGAAGCCUUUGAAAGGCAUGGAAUAUGUUCUCAAUCAGAGCAAAACAUUCAACUAUGGAGAGCUGCACUCAGUAGAGUUGGUAAUUUAUCAGGAUGGGAUCUCAAGCAUGUUGCUGAAGGGUUUGAAUCCAAAUUUAUCCAUAUUAUUAUUGAGGAGGUCUUACAGGAAGUCAAAUCUCGAACACCCCUCUAUGUUACCAAGUACCCUGUGGCACUUUUUCCCCGUGUUAAUCAAAUAGAGAAGUUAUUGUUCAAAGGAGGUUGUGAUGAUGUUCGUGUGAUUGGGAUUCACGGCAUGGGUGGAAUUGGCAAAACAACUCUUGCAAAAGCUGUGUUUAACCAACUUCUUCAGCAUUUUGAGGCAAGUUGCUUUCUUGAAAAUGUGAAAUCAGGGGCUUCUGAAAGACAUAAUGCAUUAGUUCAUUUACAAGAGCAACUUCUUCGAACGAUUCUUAGGAGAAAGAUCAAAGUGCACAAUGUGGAUGAGGGUAUUACAUUGAUCAAAGAAGGGAUUUGGCAGAAAAAGGUUUUCAUAGUCCUUGAUGAUUUGGACGAUCAAUGCCAGUUAAAUGCAUUACUUGGAGAACGUGAUUGGCUUCGCCCGGGUAGUAGAGUUGUUAUAACAACCCGAGACAAGCAUUUGCUCAAAGAACUACAAUUGAAUGAGCAAUAUGAAGCCAUGAAAUUGGAUCACGAAAGCUCUUUACAACUCUUCACUUUACACGCCUUUAGAAAUGCACCACCGGCUGAAGACUAUAGUAUGCUUGUGGAAGGUAUUGUAACUUACUGUGCAGGAGUUCCAUUAGCUCUUCAAGUUUUGGGCGCUUAUUUGUCUGAUAAAAAGAUCGAAGAAUGGAAAAAUGCCUUGGAGAAAUUAAAGACGAUUCCUUCUAACGAUAUUCAUGAAAAACUCAGAAUAAGCUUUGAUGGACUUCCUGAUGAUUUUACAAAAGCUGUUUUCCUUGAUAUUGCUUGUUUCUGCUUCAAAGUCCAGAAGAGUGAGGUCGUAGGUAUAUUCACAGCAUGCGGUUUUUACCCUGAGGUUGAAAUUUGCGAAUUGAUUGACAAAUCUUUGUUAGCAAUCGAUGAAAAUAAGAAUUUGAAUGUGCAUAAUUUGAUCCGGGAUAUGGGACGAGAAAUUGUUCAUAGGGAAUCACCCGAUAACCCGGGGAAGCGUAGCAGAUUAUGGUGCCCUAAAGACAUUUCUGAUGUAUUAAUAGGACACAAGGGCACAAAAGCAGUUGAAGGAAUAGUCCUUGAAUCUUCAGCAUUGAAGGAUGUACCUUUUAGUACAAAAGCAUUUGAAAAAAUGGCCAAGUUAAGACUCCUACGCAUCAAUCAUUUGCAGUUAUAUGGAAGUUUUCAGUAUCUACCAAAGUCACUAAAAUAUUUGCAUUGGCACUAUUGCCCUUUGAAAUGCUUGCCAUCUGACUUUUGUCUGGAGAAUCUUGUCAUUCUCAACAUGAGUUUUGGCAAUUUCAAGGAAUCCCAAGCGCCAUUAAAGUAUUUCAAGUGUUUGAAGAUGUUGGUAUUCUACAGUUGUGAGAAUCUCAAGAAAUCCCCAGAGUUCGUUGGUUUACAUAGUCUUGAGAAGUUAUCAUUUGGUUAUUGCUCAAAUUUGAUGGGAUUGGAUUCAACAAUUGGAGAAUUGAAGAGACUUCGUAUGUUAGACGUAGCUAAUUGUAUGAACCUACGAGAACUCCCACGAAGAAUCUGUGAGUUAAAAUCACUUGAAAUCUUAUAUCUCUAUGGCUGCUCAAAACUAGAAGAAUUGCCUGACGAUUUGGGAAAGUUGGAACGUCUGAAAGAAUUGAGUGCAGUUGCAACAGCUAUCACAAGAUUACCUGGUUCUGUUGGACAUUUAAAGAACUUGGAGAUGCUAUUGCUAUCACAGGACUUCCUAUUGAAAAGACAAUCCAAAUUUUCAGACAUAUUCUCAACUUGGUUGCAACCAAAAAGAAGCCUUAGUAGAGUGGGAUAUUUACCUUCUUCAUUUUCAAAUUUAAGUGCUUUAAAAGUUUUACAAAUUGAGAACUGGAAUAUGACUGAAGAUGAUAUUCCUUUUUCUCUUGCGAGCUUAUCAUCUUUACAGAAUCUAUGUUUUAGCAAAAAUAAGUUUCGUGCUAUACCUUUCAACCUUUGUGACCUUUCCAGUCUAAAGUAUCUGAAUUUAAGCGAAUGUCCGAAUCUUAAAAGUAUUCCUGAAAUUCCUCCCACUCUUCAGAAUAUCAGAGCUUAUAAGUGCAAGUCAUUAGAGAGACUUCCAAAUUUGUCAGGCUUGAAAAGGUUGGAGGAACUGGACUUGUGUCGUUGUGAAAUGUUGAUGGAGAUUCAAGGCUUGGAGAACCUUGAUUCUGUCAGACGACUAAGCUUAUGGAGCUGCAAGAGUUUUGGAAGACUACUCGAUGUAUCUAACUUGAGUAAAUUGAAGAACUUGGAACUUAGUCAUUGCGAAAGAUUGAUAGAGAUUCUGGGCUUGGACAACCUUCAUUCCAUACGCUACAUCAACUUAUUCAAUUGCAAGGCUCUCAAAAAUCCUUUCACUGAAAACUUCUUCAAAGCCCAUUAUGAACAUGGUAGUGAGCUCCAACUAGGGCUUUGCAACAGCAAUGUUCCGAAUUGGUUUAGCUACAAAGUAGAUGGAUGUUCAAUGUGCUUCAAUAUGCCUCUACAGGGGGAGAGUACAUUCUUGGGCAUGUUCCUUUGGGUUGUUUAUGGAACAGUGGAUGAAACUAAAAAUGUUUAUCCUAAAGCCACCAUUGUCAAUCAAACAAAUGGCGUUGAGUUUAACCAUCGUCUGUGGACGACCAUAUCCUUUGCAGAAAAUUCGUCCAUCCAUUACAUACCACCAAAUUACUUCAAAUGUCCAGUUAAAGGCAGAGAAAUGAUGAGCAUUCUUAUUGAAUGCUAUGACUUUCCAACUGAAGAUUUUGUUAAGAAAUGUGGAGUUCAUCUGUUGUACAAAGACAAGAAUGGCCAGGUUCAUUCUUUGUCUGUGAGUUCUCCUGGUUUUCUUUAGAAUCGCAACACGGGCUUGUGAACGAGAAGUUAAGGCUAGUUUCUGCAAUUUCAGGUGUGAUGGUCAUCUUCUCUUGUGUUCUUUGAUUUUAGUACAAUCGACAUGCUUUCGUUCUGCUUUUAAAAAUUGUUACAUCCCGUCAACUAAAUUACUGAUUGGUUCUUUGUCACACUUAUCGCAGUAUCCUGCAUAUUUUUGGCUGUUAAUGUUUAUAGGAGAUCUCUCAUAAAUGUGACACUUGAUUCAUACAGAA